UCGUAGUUUUGUGUACACCUGAUUCAAAUUCUUAAGUAUAUUUUCUAAAGUAAUUAGGGUUUCUGGGGAUUGAUUUACGGUGAGUUUUGGUAAAUAGAAAUCUGUCUACCUUCAGGAGAGAUUUUGCCACAAAAUGAGUCAUGUGUAUGGGAGAGCGAGCACUGAGAAUAGAUUAAACCUCAGUGCUAACUACAGUCCUGGGACAAUGAAGACCCCAGAGAGUGAAUCUGGUCUAGCCCUCUUAGCCAGACUAGGUACUCGACCGAGCAUGAAGAACAUAGACUCUCAGUUCUUCCCCUCUGGCCUGGACCCUUAUGACAUUGUGGAAGUCAGUGGCAACAAAGGGACAGGCAAGUCGUCUUUCAUCUCACAUUUGAUCCUGAAUGCCCUGAUGCCUGAAGCCUGGUAUGGGAUUAAGCUGGGAGGAAGCAGUUGUGGGGUGGUGUUCAUUGAUGCUGAUUUGCACUUCAGUAUCUUGCAGAUGGAAAACAUGUUGCAGAGGAGGAUUAAGAAAAUGGUUAAAAGUGCUAGGGCAGAGGUCAAGGGAUUGGGUGGCAGUAAGGCAGCAGACAGUUUGGUCUGCAGUCCCAAGGCAUUCCAAGAUUUUCUGCAUUUAGGGAAAAGGCAGCAGGAGAGUGAAAUCAACAAAUUAACAAGGGACUGCUUGAAAAACCUUGUCUACCUGAAGUGCACAGACAGUUUUCAGUUUACCAUCACAUUGCUCUCACUUGAUGAACUCACGCAAAACCGAGACAACAUAUCCCUUGUUGUCAUAGAUAGUAUCUCGGCCUUUUAUUGGUAUGACCGCACCUAUAAGGCAGGAACCUGGUAUAAGCUUGAGCAACACUACAAUCGGAUCUUCAAGGUCUUUCUUGGCCAUAUCAGGAAGCACAAACUUGUCCUCCUCACCAGCCGUCAGGCCCUCUUCCAAAAGAGGUCAUCAAAGGAAGAACGCAAAACCAGCUACCAAAAUGAGGAUGUAGAUGGAGAUUUUGAUGUCACGGACUAUGAGUACUUAGGUAGAGAGUGGGCCAGUGCCGUGACACAGCGUAUUUACUUAUCAAUCGACACUCCAGGGGAAACUUCAAAUACAGUCUUGCCUCAAGAACAGCAGGUGCAUAAUAUGCAAGAUUCAAACUGUCAAGGUGAGGAAUCUUUCAGUAUCAUGGAUAAAUCCACUAAAGAAAGAACAACAUAUUUGGCUGAAGUGAAUGGAAAAAAUAACAAAAAAAACAAACUCACUUUUACAAUACACGAAGAUGGUAUCAGACAUUUGAUUGCAAAAGAGUAAAGUGUUUUUUCAGAUUUGUAUUUAUUUGAUUUCUGAUUAGAAAUUGUGUGUUUAUUUUGCUUUCUAG